AUGAAGAAUCUCUAUAAGAAAGGCAAAGUUCAUCCAUCUACGCCGUCCGUCUCCCACCACUUAUCGCUGCUUCCGGCAACAAUUCUCACCCUUGCAGCUGCUCUCUCCGAUGAAGACAAACAAGUCUUAGCUUACCUUAUCUCCAGCUGCGGAACCUCCAACUCCAAAUCCACCAGCUUCACCGGUCACCAGAAAACUACUCUUCCCACUGAUGAUGAUCAUCAUGGCGAUGAAGUCAGCGGCGGGAAUCAUGAUCCAAUGUUUGAAUGUAACUGUUUUAGUUGUUACAUGAGUUUUUGGGCGCUUUGGGACAGUUCACCUAACCGUCAACUGAUACACGAGAUCAUUGAAGCUUAUGAGGAAGAGUUGUUCCAGAAGAAGAAGAAGAAUUCGAAGAAGAAGAAGAAGGAGAAAAGUAAGCGAGUUUGCGAUGAGUCAAAAGAGAAUAUUGAUCAAGAGAAGGCAUUGAAGGACGAGUUGGAAUCGGAGGAGAAGAAUUCAUCUGCUAAGAUUGAAGAUGUUCAGGUGGAAUCGGAGAAGGGUGCCGUGAGGAAGGUUGCGAGCUUCAUUGGAGAGAAAUUUUGGGGAAUUUGGAGCAGGGAUUAA